CUGCGGCUGACUUGGAUCUUAAUUUGUGGCUCGGCAAUCGAGUGGAGUGGCUGUGGCGCCAGCCCACUCCCAAGGCAACGUUUGGACGCCAGGAAGUAACACGCCUUGCGCAUGCGCACAGGUGUCAACAACCAGGAAGCCUUUGUGAACGAACGCCUGGCCACCGCCGCCCAGGAGAUAUUUGACUUUCUGGAGCGAAUCAUCGCAAAAUACGAGGAAGAAGCUUCGAGCUCACAGAAGGAGAUCAAACGCCUCCGAGGGCUUCGCUUGGAUUUCGUGUCACAGCAGAAAACAGACUUGUUUCAAUCAGCAGAGCACAAGGAGGAAAAUUGGGAAAAUUCCCUUGAGCAACAUUCCCACGAGUGGGAGUCAACUGGAACUCCUGGUCAUACUGGAUUAGAGCUGUGCCACAUUAAACAGGAAGCCCUCUGGGACAUUCCGCAGGAAGAAAGUGGGAUCCGGGAGGAUUCCGAUGCCCUGUACCUGCCUCGGAAGCGAAGCAAGCAAGAAGAUGACAUUUUUUUGCCGCUCGAUGAGAGCGAGAGACAGGAAGGGGAAACUGAACUGUUGCCGCCCCCUGUUUCCUCGAGAGAACUAUGCCCAUACCAAGAUGAAAGGCAAGAUGAACAUCAAACAGAGCAAAUCACUCUUUUCCCAGAGGCAUCAGUCACACAGGACUUCCGUUGUCAUCUCUGUGAAAAAUCCUUUUCCUUCAAUCACCACCUAGUUAAUCACGCUUUAAGAAUACACUGGAGGGACGCGUGCUGCGCCGUGUGCGGCAAAGGGGGGGAGUCCCCCGGACGUCUCCCCGAGCACAUCCAAUCCCACCGGGGAUCCAAGACGUGCCCGGCGUGUGGCAAGCGCUGCGGUAGCGUGAGCGCGUUGGCCGAGCACAUGACCAGUCACACGGGCGCCAAGCCGCACCGCUGCCACGUGUGUGGCAAGGAGUGCAGCCGCAAGGGUGACCUGAAGAUCCACAUGAGGAUCCACACGGGCGAGAAGCCUUACUGCUGCACGCACUGCGGCAAGCGCUUCACGCACAGCGGCCAUCUCCGGAAGCAUCUGAGAACGCACACGGGCGAGCGCCCGCACACGUGCGGCAUGUGCGGGCGAGGCUUCCUGCAGAGCGCCCACCUCAAACAUCACUUGACCACUCACGUGCGGGUAUCUUGAGGAGCUCGCUCACCACAGACUGACUUUUUUUCUUCCACUGUGUUGUCAUGGUAACAGUCAAUUACAGCGGAACCUCUAAGGGCUAACACAAUUCGUUUGUGAAAUAUGGUUCAACUCCUAGAGUUAAAAUGUCACCUUUACUGUUCAGGCCAUUUUUAAAGGUCAUCCAAGUGUAAAAUGAAUUUAACAAUCUCACAUUUCAAAAGGAGGAGAAAAUGCCAAUGCAAAUACAGUGAAUCCCCCAAAUUUUGCAAAAAUCCACAUGUAAUGGGCUCUUUGCAGGUCAUAUGCGUUACAGACAAUACGGUUUACCCUUAUCCUGUGUUGCGCAAUAUGACAGCCGUGUUCAUAGCUUUUUCAUGCCGAGCCACUUCACAUCUGUCUUUAUUUGACACUAAUAAUGCCAAACUGAUAUAAAAAAAGAGAAAAAAUGAACUUGCACAGACCACAGUUGAAUAUUUUCUGCUUUAACUGGAAAUGUUCAUACUAACCUUAAUACAUUACAAAAACAUUCAAUCACUAACUGGGAUUGUUAUACUGUAUCUAACGUAACCACCUUAGGAUGAAUAUUGACUUGUAUACCUACAUAUCCCUGGAUGUAAGAGGGGGCAUACAUUAAAGUCUUUCUCUAGGUUGCUGCUCAGUGCUUUAGAGGAGGACUUUAAAAGAUGUAUAUCUUUGAUGGUUCUUAGUUUGGGCAAGUAGUGAUUUUUUUAUUUUUUUUUAAUUUAUUUUAUUAUUAUUUUUUUUUUUUAAAUUGUAGAAUACCGCAGUUAUUCAAAACCAGAAAAGACUGAGCUGUAUUUCAACAAUGCAGGGGAUAAUGUGCAAGGAGCCCAUUCAUUACAAUUCAUUAUGUGUAUACAUAGUUGCCUGUAGAUGCCACAAGAUGGAAGCAGAGCCAUACUUUUAUUACUCGGGCCUGAACACAAACGGAGUGGGUGAGAUUUUCAUCUGUCCCUUUAUCAUCGGUCAACAUGCAUCAUAUAUGAAAUGUCCUUAUAUCAGCGCUACUGGCCAAUUUUUAGGUCAUACAAGUGUGAAAAGAAGGUAAAAGUCCAAUUUGGUGACAUUUCAAAAGUAGGAAAUAAUGCAAAUAGUCAAAAUGUUUACUUUAUAGACUGUACAAGCUGUUUUUUUUUAAAUGUCUUAUGAGUCUAAAAAAAACAAGUAAACCUUGUUUACAGCCAGUCAAACUCACACUUGUGUUGCAAAAAAAAAAAAAAAAAGCCACACUCUCAUCCUUUAAUGCGUGCUGAGCCGUGUCCUCAAAAUGCCAAAUUCCAAUUUGUCUGACCUUGUAUGUUCCGCUGUAUCUUUGUCAAGGCCCUGUUUUAAAGUGUCAAAUCAAAGCUGUAUCUGGAAUGUUACGUCAUAACAACCUUUACUCGGAAUCAAUAUUGUUUCUCACAUGUUAAUGUAGAGCUUUUUUUAUUUUAUGUUUUAACACUUGUACACAAACAUGCAUUUUUUUUUUUUUUAAUAUAAAAUUAAAAGAUUACAGCACU